AUGCGACUUCACAUCAGACAACUUGACCUGCCGUCGAUCUCGCUGAAGGUGAAAAUGAUCGAGCAUUUGCGCUCGCUGAGGGAGAUCCGCCAUGAGAACCUGAACCUCUUCAUCGCCUGCUACAUCGACGCCGAGUCCUUCAGCUACGUCUACGAGCACUGCAACAGAGGCAGUCUGCGGUCAGUCAUAGCCAAUGCAUCGAUAAACCUCGACUGGGAAUUCAGAGUCUCGCUGAUCAAUGACCUGAUACGGGUACGUCAGUAG